AUGCCCAGUCCCGCAAGAUGCCCGUGAAGGGGUCGGCCCCCUGCCCGACCAUGCCCGGCCCGCCGCGGUCUCGCCUCCGCCAGGCUCCCUUCGGACUGACUGUGGCGCCUCUGCAAGAGUCUCUCGAAGACUUCCUCACCCCAGUUGCGCCGGGGAAACACCGUCCUCUGGCUCCGCCUAGCGCGGGCUCUGGCCCGGCCCCGGCCCCGAACGAAGCCCCUCCCGCGGCUCCGCCCGCAGCCGCCUCGCUGCCGCCCGGCUCCCGCCCCGUCCCCGGCAGCUCCCCCGGAGCUUCCCUGGUCCGAGCCCCGCCGCUCGUCAGCUCGGCCGCCGGCCCCUGGCUGCCUGUGCCCGGGGAGAGAGCGCGGUGCUGCCCGCAAGGGGGGGAGAAGCCUCGCCUGGACCAGCUCUACCGGGAGCGGCGGCUGCGGCAGCGUUUACUCCGGGACCCGACGCACAGACGGCGCCCCGCUAAGAGACGGGGCCGGGUCGGAUUAGACGGUGGGGGGAGGCAGGCGGCGGGCGGUGAGCCCAGCCUUGCAGGUGGCCAUCAAGCGAGUGUCCCGGGAUCGCAUCUCGGAGUGGGCGCGGCCGCACAAGGGCGCCCUUGCGCCCCUGGAGCUGGCGCUGCUGUGGAUGGUGUCGAGCCCUGGCUUCCGCGGCGUCGUGCGGCUCCUGGACUGGUUCGAGCUGCCCGACGGCUUCGCACCGGUCAUGGAGCGUCCGGAGCGCUGUCAGGAGCUCUGGUGCUUCCUGGACGAGCGGGGAUUCCUGGCGGACCCGUGGCGUGGGGGCUGCUCGGCCAGGUGCUGGAGGCCGUGCAGCACCGCACCAGCCGCAGCGUCCUGCGCCGUGACAUCAAGGCCGAGAACGUCCUCGUCGACCUGGCCACCGGCGAGGCAGAGCUCAUCGACUUCGGGUGCGGCACGAUCCUCCAGGACGCGUUCCACGCCCGGAUGUCAGGAACACUGGAGUACAGCCCACUGGAGUGGAUCCUCUUUGGCUGCUACUGUGGCCAGCCAGCCACCAUCUGGUCCCUGGGCAUCCUGCUGUAUGACCUGGUCUGUGAGCACCUUCCUUUCCACAGUGAUGAGGGCAUCAUCUGGGGCCAGCUCUUCUUCCUGCUCUGAGUGUCUCAAGAGUGCCAGCACCUCAUCAGGUGAUGUUUAUUCAUGGAGCCCACAGACAGGCCAUCCUUGGAAGACCUUUUUAAGGAUUCUUGGCUGCAGGAGCCCCACCUGGCCAAGUAGAUAGCAGAGAUCCAUCCCUCUGCACAGUAGGAUCCAGGAGCCCAGCAAGUACCAGCUGCAUGCGUCUUGUGGCGCUGGAUGAAAACCCCAGAGCUUUUCUCUGUGGCCACAGCACAGAGGAGAGAGGGCAGCCAAGGAGAUUCUUCUGCUGGUCCCCGGUGAAGUGUGGAGGGAGAGGCUCAGUGCUCCGUGUCCUCUUGGAGAAUCGGUGGCAGUGUGGUGAAGUUGCCACAUACUGGAAAAGAGGAAACAUCCCCCUGCAGAUCAAUGGCAUUGUGAUGUCUCCACAAGCCAAGGCACAGCUGGCGUGUUCUUCCGGAGCACAAUGCGGAUCUGGGAACACCAUCCUCGAGCUGGCUGCUGGCGGGGCAAAGCCGAUUGGCUUUGGCUGCGGUCCCUUCCUGGAGGACACAGUCUGUGCCCCGAUGAACUCAAGAUGAGUCCCCAGCUGGUGGAGGGUCAGGGGGAUGCUCGUGCUUCCAGUCAUGGCAGGGCUCAGCCUGGCCACACGCCGGAUGUUCCGUGCUCGGUGGCGGUGGGGAAUAUUAAUUUUUCCGGUGGUCAUCAAGCUGCUUUUUGAUGGGACAGGGGACAGAUAUUGUGGAAGGGGAGCCGGCUCCUGGCCUUGCUGACAGCUUCUGCCAGCCAGCCUGGCACGGGCUGGGGCGGGGGCAGCCAGCCUGACAAAAUCAUCCAUCCGUGUGGAUGGGGGGGCAGCAGAGGGGAAUGGGUUCUGAAGCCAUGGCCCAGCUGCUCUGCUUUGCAGGCCCUUGAGGAAGGGGUGGGUUUAUGGGCAGGAAAGGUGGUGUUUUUCCCCACCCGUGGAGCGAUUUAAUUGUCACAUGGAGUGGUCAGACCCUCCCUAGGCCCAUGAUACGGUGAUAACAUUUGACACAUUUUCUUGUUUCCAGGUCUUCUUUUGAAUUUACUUUCAUGCAAUUGUUGGUUUUUUUUCCCCAGGAAGAUUGCACCUUGUGCCCAGACCAGACGGGGUCGCAUCUGCACUGUCCAUGGAGUGUGUCCUGUGCAAGUGCUGCCCCUGCGGAGGGGCAUCCCCUUCAAGAAGGAUGAGGAUCUCGUGCCGGAUCAGCUCCUCUCCUGGAAGCAGGUCUCCAGAGUCGGGUACCUGUCUCCACGUCCUCUCGGUGGCCUCCAGGCCACUGCCCGACCGGCUCGACACGGUCGACUGUGGGGGACACCCUCCCGUGCCAAAGGGUACAGGAGAGCAGCUAGGGUUAUUCACCCUAACUUGGAGAAGCAGCUGGCAGACACUGGUGGAGGAAAAAGAGGCCGACUCUUGGCAGGGGUAAAUUUGAAGUUUAUUCCAGAGCUCAAGAGAGCUCCGACCUUCAAGGGAACCUGCUGCUGAGAGCAAGGUCUGAGCCUUUUUUACAAUGUCUUAUAAAGGGGGGUGGAAACAGGGGAAGGAUACAUUGAACAACCAAUGGGGAGAACCGCAGGCGUGGAAACUGGGGAGAUGAACAUGAGGGGUCACAAAUCAGGGAAGACCCUGAGGGAGGACCCUGGCCUCUGGCCAAUCACUCAACGCCCCCAAGGGAAGAUUCGAGAAAGAGGGGAUGGGAGGCCAAGUGACUGACAGAGGGCCAGGGAGGGGACUAGAGGAUGAAUCAUCAGGAACAGGGGUGAUUGACAUGGAGGAGGAGGGAAACAACUUUGGGAAGAACAACUUAAGUGAAUGAACGGGGAUACAUGGAAUAAACUAUUUCAGAACAAGCCAAAGGCAUGAAAAACACAAUGCAACAGGUGCCCAGCUCCACUGCUCAGCUGGCAGAAGGGCUUUGGGCAGAUGGCAGUGGGCACAUGGGCAUCCUGCUCUUGCAGCUGCUGAGGAGGUUGCUGUGCUGUGCUGAAGUGGACGAGGUGGAACAUGGCCUGCCACGCUGCUCUCCUCUAAAAACAGAGAAUGGGUUGGGAGGUUUGGGCUCUGAGCAGAGCCAGCAGCCUGGCCUGGGCACAGGCUGUGGUGGGACAGCAGGGACAGGAGCCUUCUGUGACUGACUGUGGCUCUCUGGUUUCUCUUCCCAGGCUGCCAGCAGCUCAUGCCAUGGAAAUGGCACCACUUGGCCUGCUGGUCUGGGAGGUCUGGAGGGCAGAGGGUGUUGAUUUGCUGUCAAAAAUAAAUUGUUUUG